AGUUUGCAUAAAUAGCAGACAGGGGACAGGCGGGAGACAACAAGUCACUAUAGGACAGGGUCAAAUUUAAAGGCUUUUCUCAGAAGACGCAGAUCCAGCUGCGUAGUUCUUAAGGUGUAUAUGUGUUUGUGUGUGUGUGUGUGUAGGCAGGUAAGCUAGCUGUGCAUGAGGAUGAGGCUGAGCGGUGUGCUACUGUGUCUGUUCCUGCUCUGGGUCGAGGGGUCCUGGGGUGACACACCGGCCAACUGCACCUAUGAGGACCUGCUGGGGACAUGGGUGUUCCAGGUGUCCAAAGGAGGACACGACAAGACCGUGAACUGCUCCGCUGAAGCUACAUGUGAGAGCACGGUGACCGUGACCCUGGAGAAACUGUCUGUAGCCACAGACGAGCUGGGGAACACCGGCUUCUUCACCCUCAUCUACAACCAGGGCUUCGAAGUGGUCAUUAACGGCUACAAAUGGUUCGCCUUCUUCAAGUACUCUGAGGAUGGCCCUAAGGUGACCAGCUACUGUGACCAGACCAUGCCAGGGUGGGUCCAUGAUGUCCUGGGACACAACUGGGCCUGUUUUGUGGGGAAGAGAGUGAAAUCAGUAGCGCCCCGGACAGAUUAUAAACCAGUCUUCAGCAGCAGGCUGCUCCAGAAGCCGUACAAAAACAACCUGGACUUCAUUGACUCCCUCAACUCGGUCCAGAAAUCCUGGAGGGCUAUGCCCUACCUGGAGCAUGAGAUGUACAGCCUGCAGGAGCUGGUCUACCGAGCAGGGGGCCCCGCCUCCCGAAUCCCCAUGCGUGUUCGCCCCAUGCCUGUGAAAGCCGAGGUAGCCAAGAUGGCAGCAGCUCUACCUGAGCACUGGGACUGGAGAAACGUGGAUGGAGUUAACUUCGUCAGCCCUGUGCGAAACCAAGCGUCUUGUGGGAGCUGCUACUCCUUUGCCACCAUGGGAAUGCUUGAAGCUCGUGUUCGAAUCCUCACCAACAACAGCGAGGGUCCCAUCCUCAGCCCGCAGCAAGUGGUCUCCUGUUCGGAAUAUUCUCAAGGUUGUGACGGUGGGUUUCCCUACCUGAUCGGGAAGUACGCGCAGGAUUUCGGCGUUGUGGACGAGUCAUGCUUCCCAUAUGUUGGAAAGAACUCCCCGUGUGGCGUUCCCCAAAACUGCAGACGCGUUUACACAGUCGAAUACGGCUAUGUGGGUGGAUUUUAUGGCGGAUGCAGUGAGAUGGCCAUGAUGUUGGAACUGGUCAAGAAUGGACCCAUGGGAGUGGCCUUUGAGGUUUACCCUGACUUCAUGCACUACAAGGAGGGCAUCUACCACCACACAGGCCUCGCAGACCCCUUCAAUCCCUUCGAGCUGACCAACCAUGCAGUGCUGUUGGUGGGGUACGGCCGCUGCCACAUGACCGGACAGAAGUACUGGAUCGUCAAGAACAGCUGGGGCACCGGCUGGGGCGAGGACGGCUACUUCCGAAUCCGCCGGGGAAGUGACGAGUGUGCCAUUGAAAGCAUCGCAGUCGCAGCCAACCCCAUCCCCAAACUGUAGAAGCCGGGGACUCGGAAUGGGAGGAAAGGCUGUCUUGAUGAUGAGCCUCAGUAUUUCAACAGAUCAAUAGAUUUUUUCCCAUGUAGCUUAGCUGUUUCCAAGCCCAAAUCUGUCAUUUUUUACAUGGGUAGUCUUGUCUGUCUUCUUCCUCCAUAAUCCCACAGAGACGCAUCUGAGAAUCACUCUGUGAAAGGUUUAUCCAUCCAACCACUAAAACAAGUCAAAUAUCAUCCUACAUUAGUUAAAAGCACAAAUAGGGAAUGAGACAUCAAUGUUGCUUUUGAUGUUUAGAAUGUUUCCUGAUUUUGGCAGUUUGCUGCCUGUAGACGACUUCAUUCAUGUAGCUGCCAACUCAAAAUGGAUCGUCCGUACUGUGACAGAUCACGGUUAGUAACUUCUAACGUAGCAUUCAAAGGGAACCGACAAAACCGAGGACUCAGUGUUUGAUCCUUUGUCUCAGGGAAGCACACCGGAGAACCAUAACAUCUUCUGCCAUGUUCACUGUGGCGCAUUUUUAAAGGGAUUUUUUAAAUCAAAUCAAACAGUACAUUCUAAGAGAUUGUUUCUUGUGCCUUUUAUUCUGACUGCCAUUCUGUGUGAGCAAGUGUUUAAAUUGUACUGUGAGAUUUGCACUGUUUUUUCUUCUUUCUUUUUUUUUAAUUUGACGGAAUAAAAGCUUUUCAAAAUUG